UGUGGUCCCCAAGGAUCCCUUGGUCCCAGGGAGCUCAUCUGGGUGAAGGUGGUGGCUAGGGCUUCCAGCCUGCUGCCUCUCCCGCAGGGGGCGCCGGCAGGAUCUGGAGCGGAGCUGCAGGGAGCAGAGGGGGCGCCAGGUUGCAGAAGAGGCCAUGGGCGAGAGGAGCUGCCCACUUCUGCCGCCGCUGCUGCUGCUGGCGCUGCUGUGGCCCCCAGGACUGGAGAAGCAGGACUCGCAGGAAGAGAACACGCAGUCAGGUCCCAUGAACACCCUGCUGCUCUCAAGGCCCUGCGGUCGCCGGGAGGUCCAGCCUCUGAUCGUGGGCGGAGUGGAGUCCUCGCGCGGGCGCUGGCCGUGGCAGGCCCUGGUGCGUGUGCGCAAUGUCAAGAUGUGCGGAGGGAGCCUGCUUAGCCGCCGCUGGGUGCUGUCGGCCGCGCACUGCUUCAGGAGGUUCUCUCAUGCUUCCAGGUGGAUAGUCCAGCUUGGUGAGCUGACUCUCUUUUCUUUCUGGAGCCUGCAGGCUCACGGAAACCGGUACAGAGUGAAGUGUCAUGGUUUCUUUUCUUUUCCUUUUUAGUUCAGAGUGAAGGACAUCAUUGUGAACCCCCAGGAUGGAGGAAAGUUCCAUGACAUCGCCCUGCUGAGGCUGGCCUCCUUGGUCACCUACAGCAAGUACAUCCAGCCCGUCUGUGUCCUGUCUUCUACCUUCAUGUUCCUGCACUGGUCCGACUGCUGGGUGACUGGUUGGGGAGUCAUCCAUGAGAAUAUGGUACCUCUGCCACCCCCCUACCGCCUCCGGGAAGUGCAGGUCACCAUCCUCAACAACAGCAGGUGCAUGGAGCUGUUCGCGUUGCCCUUUCAGCGCAGCUCCAUCAGUUUCGACAUGCUUUGUGCUGGUGCUGAGAAUGGCAGCAGGGAUACCUGCCACGGUGACUCAGGAGGACCCUUAGUCUGCGAACUGGAAGGGCUGUGGUAUCAGAUUGGAAUUGUGAGCUGGGGAGUGGGCUGUGGUCGACCCAACCGGCCUGGAGUCUACACCAACGUCAGUCUACACUUUGACUGGAUCCGGAUGCUGGUAUCCCGUAAUGACAUGCCCAGGCCUGACCCGUCCCCUGUGCUGCUGUUCCUUACUCUGACCUGGGCUCCCAGGCUCCUGGGGCCAGCCUGAGCAUACCUGAUCUCAUGAAGGUACUGUGGAAACCAUAGCUCUGCACCUUCCCCAUCCCGUGGACACCCAGUAUUGUGUGGUGACAGCUUCCCAGACCAGCCCCUUUCCCCUGCUGUCUUGUUUGCUAAUAAACACUUAUGCAUACUCAA